UCUCAGGUAAGUCAAUAACAUCUCGGGAUUGGGACACCCAGUUUUCUGGGCACUGCUGGCAACCCAGUCCCAAAAAUGGAACAUAAGGAAGUGGUCCUUCUACUUCUUUUAUUUCUGAAAUCAGGUCGCGGAGACCCCCUGGAUGACUAUGUGAACACGCAGGGGGCUUCGGUGCUCAGCCUCACUAAGAAGCAGCUCUCAGCAGGAAGCGUAGAAGAGUGCGCAGUGAAAUGUGAGGAGGAAACAGAAUUCAUUUGCAGGUCAUUCCAAUUUCACAGUAAAGAGCAACAAUGUGUGAUCAUGCCUGAAAACAGCAAGUCUUCUAUUGUCUUCAGGAUGAGAGACGUGGUUUUAUUCGAAAAGAGAAUCUAUCUUUCAGAAUGCAAGACUGGAAAUGGGAGGACCUACAGGGGGACGAUGUCCAAAACGAAGGACGGUGUCGCCUGUCAGAAAUGGAGUGACACUUUUCCGCACAAACCUAACUACACGCCAGAGAAGCACCCCCUGAAGGGACUGGAGGGGAACUACUGCAGGAACCCCGACAACGACGAGAAAGGGCCCUGGUGCUACACCACAAACCCAGACCAGAGGUUCGACUACUGCGACAUUCCCGAGUGUGAAGAUGAAUGCAUGCAUUGCAGUGGGGAAAAUUAUGAGGGCAAAAUUUCCAAGACCAAGUCUGGACUCGAGUGUCAAGCCUGGAACUCUCAAACCCCACAUGCUCAUGGAUAUAUUCCUUCCAAAUUUCCAAACAAGAACUUGAAGGUGAAUUAUUGCCGCAACCCUGAUGGGGAGCCCCGCCCAUGGUGUUUCACCAUGGAUCUCAACAAACGCUGGGAAUUCUGUGACAUCCCGCGCUGCACCACACCGCCACCUCCUUCUGGCCCAACGUAUCAGUGUCUGAAGGGCAAAGGGGAGAACUACCGGGGGAAGGUGUCCGUCACUGUAUCUGGACAUACUUGUCAACGCUGGAGCGAACAGACCCCUCACAAGCACAGCAGGACCCCGGAAAACUUCCCUUGCAAACAUUUGGAUGAAAACUACUGUCGCAACCCUGAUGGAGAGUCAGCUCCAUGGUGCUAUACAACCAACAGUGAGGUGAGGUGGGAACACUGCAAUAUUCCGUCCUGCGAGUCCACUCCAUUAACCUCGGAAGCUUUGGACACCCCCGCUUUAGUACCACCUGAACAAACUCCUGUGGUCCAGGAGUGCUACCAAGGCAAUGGACAGAGUUAUCGAGGCACGUCAUCCACUACUAUCACAGGAAAGAAAUGCCAGUCUUGGUUGUCUAUGAGACCACACAGACAUGAGAAGACCCCAGAACACUUCCCGAAUGCUGGCUUGACCAUGAACUACUGCAGAAAUCCAGACGGUGACAAAAGCCCUUGGUGUUACACCACUGACCCGUCUGUCCGCUGGGAGUUCUGUAACUUGAAAAAAUGCUUAGACACAGAAGAGAGUGGGACCAACUCCCCGACUGUGCCCCAAGGUCCGAGUGGAGAGGACCCUUCCGAACCAGACUGCAUGUUUGGGAAUGGCAAAGGGUACCGGGGCAAGAAGGCAACCACUGUUUUGGGCGUCCCAUGCCAGGAAUGGACUGCCCAGGAGCCCCACAGACACAGUAUUUUCACUCCAGAGACAAAUCCACGGGCAGGUCUGGAAAAAAACUACUGCCGUAAUCCUGAUGGUGAUGUCAACGGUCCUUGGUGCUACACGAUGAAUCCAAGAAAACUUUUUGACUACUGUGAUAUCCCUCAGUGUGUGUCCCGUUCAUUUGAUUGUGGGAAGCCCCAGGUGGAACCAAAGAAAUGCCCCGGAAGGAUUGUCGGCGGGUGUGUGGCCAACCCCCAUUCCUGGCCCUGGCAAAUCAGUCUGAGAACAAGAUUUGGAAAGCACUUCUGUGGAGGGACUUUAAUAUCCCCAGAGUGGGUGCUGACAGCUGCCCACUGCCUGGAGAGAUCCUCAAACCCUGCAACAUAUAAGGUCAUCCUGGGUGCACACGAAGAAUUCAAUCUUGGAUCAGAUGUUCAGGAGAUAGAAGUGUCCAAGCUGUUCUUGGAGCCCACACGUGCAGACAUUGCCUUGAUAAAGCUGAGCAGUCCGGCCAUCAUCACCUCAGAGGUGAUCCCAGCUUGUCUGCCAUCUCCAAAUUAUGUGGUUGCUGACCGGACAUUGUGCUACAUCACUGGCUGGGGAGAAACCCAAGGCACCUUUGGCGUGGGUCUCCUCAAGGAAGCCCAGCUGCCUGUGAUCGAAAACAAGGUGUGUAAUCGCUAUGAGUAUCUGAAUGGAAGAGUCAAAUCGACAGAGCUGUGUGCUGGGAAUUUGGCUGGAGGUACCGACAGUUGUCAGGGUGACAGUGGAGGGCCUCUGGUUUGCUUCGAGAAGGACAAGUACAUUUUACAAGGAGUCACUUCCUGGGGUCUUGGCUGUGCCCGCCCCAAUAAGCCUGGUGUCUAUGUUCGUGUGUCAAGGUUUGUUACUUGGAUUGAAGGAAUAAUGAGAAAUAAUUAAGUGGAUGGGAGCCAGAGUGAUUCCUCAACAUAUCUAGAAGCUGGAAGCUGGGUAGGGAAGUCAGCGCGCUCAGAAAUAAUUGACAGUAAUCAAACUAAGACACUGUACUUAUAACAUCCACUGACAGACCUCAACGUUUUUUAGUAUCAUCGUGGAUAAAUUUUUCCCGGCCGUGGACUGUUGCAUUCUGUAAUAAUAAAGUAACACAUCUAUAACAUUUGUUGAAAAUAAACCCUGUCCUGCCUUUGAUUUAA